AUGUCACCCAUCUUCGCUCGCGGUGAUUUGCCGCGAAGUUAUUAUGAGGCAAAGCAGCUAGUGUCAAAGCUAGGACUAGGAGUGAAGAGAAUUGACUGUUGUGUUAACGGUUGUAUGAUAUUUUAUACCAAUGAAUUUGGUGUUAGUGACGGUGAUUUACUUGAAUGUAAAUUUUGUGAAGAACCAAGAUACCGUCAAACAAAAAAUUCGAGGUCAAGUAGAAAACCAGUACCAAGAAAGACAAUGUUCUAUUUACCCAUAGUAUCAAGGUUGCAGAGGUUGUAUGCAUCAUUGCAAACUGCCACAAAAAUGACAUGGCACUCUGAAAAUUAUGAACAAAGAAAAAGGUCGGGUGAGUUGCGACAUCCUUCUGAUGGUCUUGCAUGGAAGCAUUUUGAUCAAGUUCAUCCUGAUUUUGCUUCAGAGCCACGAAAUGUACGAUUAGGAUUAUGUUCUGAUGGAUUUACCCCGUAUACUCAAGUAUCAGCUACUCCAUAUUCAUGUUGGCCUGUUAUUGUCACCCCGUACAACCUUCCACCCGAAAUGUGUAUGUCAAAACCUUACAUGUUUUUAGCUGCUGUAAUCCCUGGGCCAUCUAGCCAAACUGUUGGUAUUGAUAUCUAUUUGCAGCCUUUGAUUGAUGAUUUGAAGAGGUUGUGGGAAGGUGUUGUGACAUAUGAUAUCAGUCGAAAACAAAAUUUCACCAUGAAAGCAGCUUUGAUGUGGACCAUCAAUGAUUUUCCCGCUUAUGGGAUGUUGUCUGGAUGGGGGACACAUGGUAAAUUGGCAUGUCCUAUUUGCAUGAUGGACACCAAAGCUUUUACGUUACAUAAUGGUGGGAAAGCUACGUGGUUUGAUUGUCAUAGGAGAUUCCUUCCUCUUGAUCAUCCAUUUCGAAAAAAUAAAAAUGCAUUUCUUAAGGAUCAAAUCGAAACUAGACUCCCACCUCGAUAUUUAACAUCAGAGCAAGUUUGGGACAAAGUGAAAGAUAAGCCAAACGUACAAAUAGUAGGUGGUGUUAUUUCAAAACCGAGAGGUUACGGACACACUCACAAUUGGACAAAAAGGAGUAACUUUUGGGAUCUUCCGUAUUGGAAAGACAACCUUCUACGUCACAACCUUGAUGUUAUGCAUGUUGAAAAAAAUGUAUUUGAAAAUAUUUUCAACACUGUAAUGAAUGUCAAGGGAAAAACAAAAGAUAAUGAUAAAGCUAGAAGAGACGUUGGGUUGUAUUGCAAACGUGAUGACCUGUUGUUGAUAGAGACAUCCAAUGGAAAAUUCCUAAAACCCCGUGCGAACUACACUUUAUCUGUUGAGGAAGCAAAAUCAGUUUGUCGAUGGGUAAAAGAACUCAAGAUGCCAGAUGGUUAUUCAUCAAAUUUGGCAAGAUGUGCAGAUGUUGAGAAUGGAAAAAUGCGUGGUAUGAAGAGUCAUGAUUGUCAUGUUUUUUUGCAAUCUUUAAUUCCAAUUGCCUUUAGUUCUUUACCACCACAUGUAUUGAAUCCCCUAGUUGAAAUUAGUCAAUUUUUCAAGAAUUUGUGUUCAACAACACUAAGAGAAGAUGAUUUGGUGAAGAUGGAAAAUGACAUUCCAAUGAUAUUAUGUAAGUUGGAGAGAAUACUUCCUCCUGGAUUCUUUGAUUCUAUGGAACAUGUUGUUGUGCACCUUGCAUAUAGACUUGGGGGACCUGUUCAAUAUAGGUGGAUGUACCCGUUUGAAAGGUUUAUGGGGGAUUCAAAACGUUCAGUGAAAAAUAAAGCUAAAGUUGAAGGCUCAAUUGUUGCAUGUUACUUACAUCGGGAAACAAUCCACUUUUGUUCUCAUUACUUCAAAGACUCAUUGUCAGGAAGACAUGGUAGGAACGAAACCGGUAGUGAAAGUUUUGUUCACCCAUUAACCCUAUCGGUAUUCAACUUGCCUGGCCGUCAAUCUGGUUAUGAGAAAGUUUGUUUUCCAGGCGAACGAGUUUUAAAAUCAGCACAUGUUCACGUGUUGAUUAACUGCACUGAAGUUCAGCCCUAUUUAGAGGCAUUUCUGACAUCUGAGGCGAUACCUCCGGAACAAUCUUCCUCUAAGAUACAUGAACUUUUCCCACAUUGGUUUCGACUUCACAUGUAUCAUCAAGAAUCAACCCAUAUGAUACAACACUUGAGAAACUUAUCUGAUGGCCCGGUGUCAAAUGUAAAACAAUGGCACACAUACUUUGUCAACGGUUACAAAUUUCAUACUCAUGGUUGGACCGAAGGAAAGGAAACAGUAAACAGUGGUGUGUGUAUGAAAGGUGUGACUGAAAAUGGUGAAGAUGAUUUUUACGGUGUGAUUGAGAACAUAAUUGAAAUAUCAUACAACUAUCUUGAUUACAAGAAAGCAGUAGUUUUGUUUUAUUGUAGAUGGUUCGAUCCAUCAAGCAGAGGUACGAAGUAUAAUACAAAGACUAACACUGUGGACAUAAAAAUGAAUAGGAGAUAUCAACCGUUUGAUCCUUUUGCCAUAGCACAAAAUGUCAGGCAAGUUUACUAUGUCCCUUAUCCAGCAACAAAAACUGACAAAAAAGGUUGGUGUGCCGCUAUAACGACAAAACCGAGGGGUCGAAUUGAAAAAGAUGGAAUAGAAGAAGAGGAGGAACCAUAUCAGGUUGAUGAGAUGGCCAAUGUAGAUGAAGUGAUUGAAGUUGAAUCUUUUAGUCGUCUAUGGGUCGAGGAAGGAGAAUUAGAAGAAGUACCCGAGGAUGGUGAUGUUGAUGAAGAUGAUGAUCGCGAAGAAGACGAGGGUCAAGACGAUGAUGAAGAUUUAUCAGAUUGGGAUGACAAUAAUUAA